UGAACGCGUAGGAACUAUUUGGCGUACUCGAGAAAGUAGUUCUAAGGCGGUCGCUCUCUCGCGCAUCGCAGCAUCUAGCUUUUGCAAGUGCUGCUAGCCAGUGUCAAACCAACAUGGACAACUUUCGGUGAUUUUCAGGGGAAAAGUGAUAGAUAAUUCGGACUAAUAUUGUCGCCGUUUGCGCGAAAAGUGCUUAAACACAUUAGGCACUUCAGUGUGAAGUUAGUUUGAAUGUACAGCACUUCUUUGCAAUGAAAGUUAGAUCAAUUUUGAGAGGAGAAAUCCUCCUAGUGUUGGGGUUGCUCAGCCUACUUCACCAGAGCGAAGGCGCGGCGUGCAAGGGAUGUAUAUACCCGAUAUGCAGAUGUUUAGGUGAUAAGGGAAUAAACGGUGAGUCCGGAUGGCAGGGCGUGCAGGGCCCGCCGGGCAUGCCGGGAUUGCCCGGGCGGGAAGGGCCCGUGGGGGAGCUUGGCUUCAGAGGCGACCCUGGUGAUGCAGGAGCUAUCGGACCGAAGGGCAUGAGAGGAACACAGGGCAUGCCAGGUUUCCCAGGUGUUCCUGGUAUACCGGGUUUACCAGGUCUAGAGGGUCCAACUGGAGAGGAUGGCAUCCCAGGUUGCAAUGGUUCUGAUGGCUCUUCAGGCCUAUCUGGUUAUCCCGGGGCACCUGGCAGACCAGGUCGGGAUGGAGGAGCAGGUCUACAUGGGCCAAAGGGAGAACCAGGCGACGGAGGUAUUAACUCCCCAGGCUACAGAGGCGCAUCAGGUGACUCUGGAUACGACGGAAUCCCAGGAGCUCCUGGUUUGCCCGGAAACCCGGGUCUGCCAGGUUUAUCCGGAGACCCAGGACCAUUGGGGCCAAUUGGCAUAAAUGGUCCAGAAGGCCCUCCCGGAGAUCAAGGGCCUAGAGCAACGACAGGUCCGAAAGGUGAAAAGGGUGAACCAGGACCGCGGGGUAAGACUGGUGAGGGAGAUACGAUAGAACUGGUUGGCGAUGACAACGAGAUGGAGAUUGAGUAUCAGAAAGGUGACACGGGCAAAAAAGGCUUCAAGGGAGAAAAGGGAAUGGAUGGAAUUAAGGGAAUGACCGGAAUGGACGGGCCAUCGGGUCUAGAUGGCUGGCCAGGAUCUAAAGGAGAAUGGGGCGAUUCCGGAAUGGGGGGACCACGGGGAAAGCGAGGCAAGGAUGGACCAAGUGGAGAAUCGGGUCAAAAGGGAGACAAGGGUACUCCUGGUUAUCCUGGAGUAGCGGGAGCACCGGGAGACAAGGGCGUUUAUGGCGAAGAGGGUCUUACUGGACGUAAAGGUGGAAAGGGAGACCCAGGAAAGUCCAUUCCAUCCCUUAUCCGAGUCAAAGGAGCGCGUGGACCGAAGGGUUCGCCAGGCUUUAGGGGUAAGGAUGGACUACAGGGCCGACCAGGACCUGAUGGCUUCCCAGGACAAUUCGGACCUCCGGGACUGCCAGGAACCGAUGGGCGCCCUGGGGCGGCUGGUCCUAAAGGCAUCAGCCUACCGGGCCCAAUUGGAGAACCAGGCAUACCCGGUAGAGAAGGACUGGACGGGAAACCAGGAACGACUGGAUACUCCGGUGCCAAGGGAAACAAGGGAAUGCAGGGACUCACCCGUAUAGGACCAAAAGGUCUUGAUGGGUUGAGCGGUCAGGAUGGUUUCCCUGGUCGCCGUGGUAGCAGGGGUAACACGGGUCCCAUAGGUCUCCCGUGCUCUCGUUGCGACUUUGAUGACACCAACGUGCCACCUACCGGUCUAAAGGGAAUGUCAGGAGAGCCCGGUGACUCUGGCAUGCCAGGCCUAGAUGGAAUUAAUGGGCUUCCAGGAUUAAGAGGGCGGAAGGGUGAGGACUGUCCGUACUGCACUAAUGGAGGUCCAGGAGAUUUGGGCGUUGCAGGAAGCUAUGGCCGAUCAGGACCACCUGGCGGUGAGGGCCCGCCAGGAUUCCGUGGGACACCUGGUUUAGCCGGUAUGCCAGGUGUACCCGGCGCUCAAGGCUUUGAUGGCAUAGAGGGAAUGGAUGGACUGCCCGGACAGAAUGGCUACGGUGGAGAGAAGGGAGAAGCAGGGGAGCUAUUCCUUCCACCAAAAGUUGAGGGCGAGCAAGGUGACUCCGGCUUUCCAGGUUUGCCCGGACUUCCUGGUGUUUCCGGACCAAAGGGCUAUCCGGCCAGAGAUGGUCUUCCAGGCUUCCCAGGUUUGAAGGGAAUGAGAGGUGUGGAUGGCUUGCACGGUCUGCCUGGUCUCGAAGGCCCAGUUGGCUACUCAGGUCUAAACGGAUUUGAGGGACGGAAGGGAGAUAAGGGUCCUCUUGGACCACCCGGUCCUCCAGGUCCUUCCACGCCCGGACAGCUGAAGGGAACGACGGGUGAUCAAGGUCGACCUGGUUACAGAAAGGGAUGGAAGGGAGACACUGGUGUAGAAGGUGACAUUGGUUUCAAGGGUUACCCGUCUGACAGAGAUGGAUUCCCUGGACUCGAUGGUCUCCCCGGACCUAAAGGUUUCCACGGUCGUGAUGGCCUGCCUGGUCUGUCUGGAGCAAAGGGAGAGACCGGCGCACCGGGUAGAGUGAUAGGAUCGAGUAAGGGACAGACCGGUGAGCUCGGACCCAACGGAUGGCCCGGUGACGCAGGUCCUGAUGGUCUUCCAGGCUUCCCGGGACCGGAUGGACUUGGCGGCCCUACCGGACUGCGAGGAGACGAAGGUUUCCCUGGCUUACCCGGAUUGGACGGACUACCGGGAGAGCCCGGUGAUGCUGGAGCAAACCUCAAAGGUGGGGCUGGAGAACCCGGUCGCAUUGGCCUGCCAGGCUUCCCCGGUGAGAAGGGCGCUCCGGGUGACUAUGGUUUGGAUGGCGCUCCGGGGCUGUCAGGCAUGCGCGGACUGGACGGACUUCCGGGCUUCCCAGGCCUGCGAGGCCGUGAUGGCGAAUCGGGAUCCGCCGGUCCUGCUGGCGAGGAUGGAAUACCUGGCAUCCCAGGAGACGACGGCGAGCCAGGAGUAGAGGGUCUCGAUGGCGGACCAGGACAGUCUGGCAGGGAAGGUUUACCGGGAGCACCAGGAAACCAGGGUGCAAUCGGUGACAGUGGGUAUGACGGAAGACCCGGUGCCUCAGGACCAGCCGGUAUGAAGGGUGAGCCAGGUCUGCCUGGUUACGAUGGUCUCCCGGGUAGGGUCGGAGAGGCUGGUCUGUAUGGCAGCAAGGGACAGAGAGGUCUGCCAGGAGACUCAGGUUUGCCAGGCAGAGACGGUGAAGCAGGCUUGCCAGGCCUAGAUGGGCUUCCAGGCUUCAGAGGAGACCAAGGAUACGGAUAUCCGGGAACAGCAGGACGUUCGGGCGCAGAUGGUCUUUCGGGACUACUUGGUUUGCCUGGGCGCGAUGGCACUAAGGGCGAGAUUGGAGAGAUGGGACUCCCGGGUCUCGAUGGAGAAAACGGAAGACAGGGACCUGCAGGCUUUGAGCCAGGACUACCAGGACUCGAUGGGCUGCCUGGCCUUUCCGGAGAGAGGGGAUUGGAUGGUCUGCCAGGUCUACCAGGCCGCAAAGGAGAAGCAGGUACAGAUGGCUAUCCAGGUGAAAUUGGUCCUCCAGGAUUCGCAGGCCCUGACGGAGACCCCGGUCUCAAUGGUCUACCCGGUCUGGAAGGACGUGAUGGACCAGCAGGAGACAGAGGGCUCGAUGGUCUGCCCGGUCUCCCGGGAAGAAGAGGAACUCCUGGGGUAUCAGGAAGAUCUGGUGCCAAGGGCUUCCCCGGUAGACACGGAGGAGAUGGUUUGGAUGGCCUACCGGGUGCAAAGGGUCUAGUUGGCAACAGUGGGAGAGAUGGCUUACCCGGUCUGCCAGGUCUUGAUGGACUCAAGGGUACGAAUGGACUUCCCGGUCUGCCUGGCGAAUUCGGAGAGAAUGGUCGCGUCACCGGCGGCAGCCGCGGCAUGCGGGGAGAAGACGGUCUACCCGGCAAUGACGGACUACCGGGCUUGGACGGGCUGCAAGGCAACCGAGCAGAGGACGGCAUGCCAGGCCUCAAGGGAGACUCCGGACUGCCUGGUCUCGAUGGGUUGCCCGGAGAACGAGGAGAAGACGGAAGGGCCGGAUUUCCCGGAACACCCGGACGCAAAGGUUCACCCGGAUUCGAUGGUCUCAACGGAUUGGACGGUCUGGACGGACCGAGAGGAGAAUCCGGUUUCGAUGGUCUUCCCGGUCUGCCGACCUACGCCCGAGAGGGACUGCCAGGUAUCCCAGGCCGCGAUGGACAGAAGGGAGAGUCAGGCCUUCCCGGUCUAGACGGUCUGCCAGGACUUCACGGAUUGCGGGGAGAUGAUGGUUACGACGGUCUCAAUGGUCUGCCAGGACUGCGGGGUGACCCAGGACCCAAGGGCUACCCUGGUGAUCCGCCACCGUCCAACCAGUCGAGCUUCGCACCGGCCGGAGAGCGGGGCAUCCCGGGCCUGCCUGGUAUGCGAGGCAUGGUCGGACGUGAUGGUCUCCCAGGACUGGAUGGCUAUCCGGGCAGAAAGGGAGAGGGUGGCCGCCCUGGUCAACAAGGAUUCGAUGGCACCGGAGGACCACACGGCCCCGAUGGCUACCGUGGCCAGCAAGGCAGAGAGGGAUACCCUGGUCCUAAGGGCUACCCCGGCCCCGAUGGAGGUGCCGGAGGUGCUAGUCCACCGUUGGGCUUCAUCUACACCAGACACAGCCAAACCACGGACGUACCCAUUUGCCCCAAUGGACAGAACAAGCUGUGGGAUGGAUAUUCGCUCCUCUACGUACAGGGCAACGAGAGGGCCCACUCUCAAGAUUUAGGCGCUCCGGGAAGCUGCAUCCGCCGCUUCAGCACCAUGCCGUACAUGUUCUGCAACCUGAACAACGUCUGCAACGUCGCGCAGCGCAACGACUACAGCUACUGGCUGUCGACGCUUGAGCCGAUGACGAUGAUGAUGACGCCGAUGGUUGGCGAGGAGAUUCGGCCGUACAUCAGCCGCUGCACGGUGUGCGACGCGCCGUCGCAGGUGAUCGCCGUGCACAGCCAGAGCAUGCAGGUGCCAGACUGUCCGCACGGCUGGGAGUCGUCCUGGAUCGGAUACAGCUUCGUCAUGCACACCGGUAACGGAGCGCAGGGCGGCGGACAGAGCCUGCAGUCGCCCGGCAGUUGCCUCGAAGACUUCCGUCCGACACCCUUCAUCGAGUGUCACGGCGUCGGCACGUGCAACUACUACAGUACGACCUACAGCUUCUGGAUGACUACAAUAGAGACGAGCCAGCAGUUCAGGAAUCCCGUGCCGCAGACCAUCAAGGCGGGCAACCUGCGUUCCCACAUCAGCCGCUGCGCAGUGUGCACGAAGCGACUGUAAUAGAGGGUCUUACACAUCUGUACAGAUACAAGCGUUUAUUGUAUAAUAGAAGGUACCAAAGCAGUCGAGUAGUCAGUUGUUCCUCUCUGUAUAUGUAUCAGUAAUUGAGAUUUACAUUCGCUUGGUGCUAUUUUGUCAUAGUCGUGAGGGUAUGCGUUUUGUCUCCGAAGCCAAGAGGUACUUUAUAUUUCGUGCGCUCGCGGUGGUAAAGUUCGAGGUACCUUUUUAACUAAACUUUGACCGGGCGUUAUAAAGUGUUUUUCAGGUUUGCGCAUCUGCUUUUGAAUACGUGAAAUAAUGCAUGAUCGUAGUUUGAUAUUCGCCGCUUUUAGAUGCUUACCCACUGUAUAUGUUGUAACCAUAUCAAAUAAAUAUUUGAGGUUUUUCAGACGUUUUAUGGAUAAGAAAAGACAACGGUCUAGUAAAAUCAUGCGUUUCAGGGUUGCCAGACAGGCUCCAAAAACGAACACGUGUGCAUGACUAUAUCAGUGUAAGACAAUCAUCUGUCGGUACAAUAUCAAAGUCGCCAUCAUGGUUAUUGUUAAAGUGUUGAUUCUGUGUUUCCGGAGCAUUUUAUAUUUUCGUUAUUAUUAUGUUUAUGAAUUCGUUAAUCAGUGCAUUUAGUCGUCGUUUGCCUGUCUGGCGCCUCGCGUGGCUGUAAGGAAUACACGCCUUACCUCGUCGUACGGACGUUUACGAUCCGUUACGCAGACGAACGCAUUAAUAUCAGCCACUGUCCCGAAACAACAUAGUAGAUUAUCUACUCGCAUCUAGUCCUACAUUUUCUCCUACUUCGUUUAAAGGCAAGAGUAGAUUGUGAUCGUACGAGGAGUAUGGGAAUCUUGUCAUGAAAUUGCAUUUAUACGCAACUGCAUUUAAAAUGCGUCACGGCCAGAGGAAAAACACCUGUAACCAGUCGGGGGUUUCUUUAUAUCGCGUAUAGGCACCUCUGAACGCCAUAACCGCGUUGGUAUAUAUUUUCGAAUACGGCUCAUUGUUGCCGAUCGCUAUAGAUGUCAGUUAUACAACCAGACCUGGCAACAGAUAGCGGUUGAAGCAAGUUGCCCAUGUUUUAAUCGCAGAGCCACUAUCCGACGUAUGGCCACAAAUAUUAGAGCCACUGAACACUAUCCUUGACUUCCUUAUCACGUAAAUCUGGUGCACGUCGACUUCUAUGGAGAACAAAUGUGAAACAAGAGAGAAGACCCAACCAGACACGAAUUUUAAUGAGAUCAAAAUUUUUAAAGAAAAUCCCCGGACAGUUAUUCUGGCAAGCAUGCAUUUACAUACCGGCGACGAACUCUGGUGCUGAAUAAACUGUUUACUGGAUGUCAGGCAUA